UCGCUCCUCCCGCAGUGUCUGUAGAGCCCGGUUUAUGGUGAGGCAGCCCCAAGAGCCGCUGAAUCCGGACGCGAUGGAGAAUGGCACCGGGACCAGCGGAGAAGAGUGCCCACCUGAGGCCCAGGAGACGACAGUCACUGAAGGGGCCGCCAAGAUCGCUUUCCCCAGUGCUAACGAAGUCUUCUACAACCCGGUUCAGGAGUUCAACCGGGACCUGACAUGUGCUGUGAUCACCGAGUUUGCUCGCAUUCAGCUUCAGACCAAAGGAAUUCAGAUAAAGGUGCCAGGUGAGAAGGAUGUGCAAAAGUUGGUCGUGGACUUGUCAGAGCAAGAGGAGGACAAGGCUGAACUGAAAGAGGGUGAAAACCUGGCCCCAGGAGACCAGCCUCGAACAGCAUCCGUGAGGGAGAUCUGUGAGGAGGGCCUGCGGGUGCUGGAGGGCCUGGCAGCCUCUGGCUUGCGUUCCAUCCGCUUCGCCCAAGAGGUGCCUGGGCUUCGAUCUGUGGUUGCCAACGAUGCCUCCUCCCAGGCUGUGCACCUCAUACGCCGCAAUGUGCUGCUCAACGAUGUGGCCCACCUGGUACAGCCCAGCCAGGCAGACGCCCGGAUGCUGAUGUACCAGCACCAGAGCGUGUCAGAACGCUUCGAUGUCAUUGACCUGGACCCUUAUGGCAGCCCUGCCCCCUUCCUGGAUGCCGCGGUGCAGGCUGUGAGUGAAGGAGGGCUGCUGUGUGUGACCUGCACAGACAUGGCGGUGCUGGCGGGGAACAGCGGGGAGACAUGCUACAGCAAGUAUGGGUCCAUGGCCCUCAAGAGCCGGGCCUGCCACGAGAUGGCCCUGAGGAUCAUCCUGCACAGCCUCGACCUCCGGGCCAACUGCUACCAGCGCUUCAUCGUGCCAUUGCUCAGCAUCAGUGCUGACUUCUACAUCCGAGUGUUUGUCCGCGUCUUCACCGGCCAGGCCAAAGUCAAGGCCUCAGCCAGCAAGCAGGCCCUGGUGUUCCAGUGUGUGGGUUGCGGGUCCUUCCACCUUCAGCGCCUUGGCAGAGUAUCAGCAGCCUCCGGAAAACAGGUCAAGUUCUCUACGGCUUGCGGUCCCCCCGUGGCGCCAGACUGCGAGCACUGUGGGCAGAGACACCAGCUUGGCGGCCCCAUGUGGGCAGAGCCCAUCCAUGACCUGGACUUUGUGGGCCGCGUCCUGGAGGCUGUGAAUGCCAACCCCAGCCGUUUCCACACCUCCGAGCGGAUCCGCGGGGUCCUGAGCGUUGUCACUGAGGAGCUCCCGGACGUGCCCCUCUACUACACACUGGACCAGCUGAGCAGCACCAUCCACUGCAGCACGCCCAGCCUCCUGCAGCUGCGGUCGGCCCUCCUCCAUGCUGGCUUCAGGGUCUCCCUCUCCCAUGCCUGUAAGAAUGCCGUGAAGACCGACGCCCCGUCCUCAGUUCUCUGGGACAUCAUGCGCUGCUGGGAGAAGGAGUGUCCAGUGAAACGCGAGCGGCUGUCAGAUACCACUCCGGCGUUCCGCAUUCUCAGUGUGGAGCCCAGUCUGCAGGCCAACUUCACCAUCCGGGGAGAUGCCAACCCCAUCUCUCGCCAGCGAGGACUCAAGCGCUUCCAGGCCAACCCCGAGGCCAACUGGGGCCCCCGGCCGCGUGCCCGUCCAGGGGGCAAGGCGGCAGGCCGUGCCGUAGAGGAGAGGCGCAGGCUGCUCCAGAAUAAGCGGAAGGAGCCGGCUGAGGACCCGGCCCAGCGGGCUGCUCGGCUCAAGACAUUUCCCUGCAAGAGGUUCAAGAAGGGCACUUGUCAACACGGGGACCAGUGCUGCUAUUCCCACAGCCCCACGACACCCCGGCCUGCCGCUGAUGCUGCCCCCACUGACUGACUAGCAACCCCAGGCCACCGCUGGACAGGCACAGACUGAACCAAUAAAGAGAUGUCAUUUU